UUUUGAUACCUGCAACAAGUAACAGGUUUAACUAAAGCAUGUGAAAUUGCUUUGGAAAAACAACAGCACAAAUGGAGAAUCUGGCGACGAAAAAGAACUGGACAGAGGAAGAGCGGCUGGAGCUGGCAGCGCAGCUCGACGCUGAGCUUGAUCAAUUUAUUGAUAGCUUGGAAAAGAAACGCUACGAGGAGGGAUGGCCGGAAGAUCGCUGGCAGGAGGAAAUGGACAAGCAUCCGUUUUUCAUGAAACGAGCACCACAGCCAGGAGACGAGGUACAUCCCAUGUUUGAGGGACUGCAGAAGCUUAAAUACGACCCCGAAGAGAACACACUCGAAGAGCUGGCACUCAAUUACAAAGAGGAUGGCAACUUCUACAUGAAGCACAAAAAGUUCCGCAUGGCCGUUUACUCAUUCAGCGAGGGCAUCAAAACCAAAUGCGAGAAUCCGGAUGUGCUGUCCGUGCUCUACAACAAUCGUUCGGCUGCCCAUUACUUUAUCAAGAACUAUCGGUCCGCAUUGAGCGAUGCACAGCGUGCCUUAUUUUACAAACCAGUUUAUACCAAGGCCCGUUGGCGGGCUGCACAGUGUGCGCAUGAGCUGGACAAGUUUGAUCUGUGCACACAGCUGUGCGAGGAGCUGCUUGAGGUGGACAUUGAUCACAAGGAGGCCAAGGCACUGCUGCACAAGAACAAAAUGAAAAAGCUGGACACGGAACGUAAUCAGCGCAAGGAGACGGCGGAGGCUAAACGCCGCUUGACACGUUUUCACAAACUGAAAGAUGCUCUAGAACAGCGUGCUGUCAAAUUCGAUGAUCAGCGCAUUAAUAAACGUCUAAACAUAAGCGAGGAUCUGUUGCGCCCCAAGUUUCUGCCACUUGAGGAUUAUCCCGUGCACUUGGAUGAGGAUGGCAGCAGCUUAAUUUGGCCCGCCGCCUUCUCCUAUCCCGAAUUCCUGCUCAGCGAUUUCCAGCAGCAACUGCCAGAGACUGCCACCAUGUCGGAUUGCCUGAACACGCUUUUUACCGAGCCGUUGCCGUGCGACAAGACGCUCAGCUAUCGACCGGAAUCUGUGAAUGUCUACUACGAGAAUCGCAAGGCUGGCUGCGUCCACAAAGUCAGUCCGAAUAAGACGCUGCGCGAGAUUAUGGAUGAGAAGGGCUUCUUUGUCUCGGGCGGAGCACUGCUGUUCUAUGUGGUGCCCAAGGAAUCACGCGUCGAACAGGAGUUUAUUCAUCAGCAACGACGACCCAUGGUCUACAGUUGAGUUAGGCUUAGUUUAAGAACAAAAUCAAGCAUUUUAUUUUGAAUAUUCUUAUCUUUUUUGUACAUUAACAAAGCAUUGAGUAAUUUUAUUAUUAUUGACUUUCAUUUGCGGUGUAAUAUUUUCAUCUUAAUCAUGGUACAAUUGAGCUUUGGUUGCGCUAUCAAGAAGCUAUUGCAAUAUGCAUAAUAUAUAAAAUUUAUAUCCUUGCAGAGGGACUUUUUAUUAUGAUAAUAAAUGACUUUGUUUACAUCAGAA